UCAUUUUCGCGCCGAAUAUUCACAAGCGAUUUUUACCGUGUUGUAGCGCGGGAGUUGGUGCCUCGUUGUGCGGAUAAGUUUAAUUCUUUGCCGGGCUUUAUUCCUUUUAAUUCAUUAUCAGGUCAAACAUUUACAGACAGCAUGCAACGGAGCAUCGCAUCAUUCUUUCAGCCCAAGACCAAAGAUAAGGACAACCAGAAGACAGCUGCAAAUGAAACCGUGAAGAAGCCUGUCAAGAGCCCCCUGAAGGUGCAGAACGGUGUUCAGGAAGCAGAUUCACCCAUCAAGAAGGUUGCCAAACGCAGCCGUCAACUCCUGGACAGCGAUGAGGACGAGGCUCCGGCUGUUAAAGAACAAGCUGCCACCAGGGGACAGGGAGACAAAGAAGCUAAAGCGGAGGAGAAGAAGGAGGCUGAGUUUAAGGCCGUCCCCACACCGCUGUCUCCACCAGCAGCCCCCGCCACACCCGUAACCCCCGCCACUCCAGCUACCCCGGCCUCUUCAGCUUCUCCAGGGACCCCCAGCACUCCCAGUUCCAUCUCCCCGACUGGGAUCACCAAACGCAAGACGGCGAGGAAGAUGUUCCCCAAGAGGAAGCUGGAUGAGAGCAGGAGCAGCAGCGAGAGUCCGAAAGAGGAGACGGAGGUCAUCGAAGAGCAGGGUCAGCAAAACAAACGAGCUCGUGUGGAGAGCUGCGUCAGCAGGGCAGAAACUCCACAUCAGGACAGACGGACUACGAUCCUUCCCGACCAAACUACCACCCGGUGGAGCACGCCUGCUGGAGUCAAGGCCAAAAAGUGCCGUACUUGGCAGUGGCUCGCACGUUUGAGAAAAUUGAAGAGGACUCUGGCAGGCUGAGGAACAUCGAGACGCUGUCGAACCUGCUUCGCUCCGUGCUGCUGCUCUCUCCAGAUGACCUGCUGUGCACGGUGUACCUGUGUCUGAACCAGCUGGGCCCCGCCUACCUCGGGAUGGAGCUCGGCGUCGGGGAGACAGUGCUGAUGAAAGCGGUCGCUCAAGCCACCGGGCGUCAGUUGGACAAAAUCAAAGCGGAGGCGCAGGAGAAGGGAGAYCUGGGCCUCGUGGCCGAGAGCUCCCGCAGCAACCAGCGCAUGAUGUUCCAGCCAGCCAACCUGACCGCGGCGGGCGUGUUCAAGAAACUGAAGGAAAUCGCCAGCAUGAGUGGGAACUCGGCCAUGAAUAAGAAAAUCGACAUCAUCAAAGGCCUCUUUGUGGCAUGCCGCUUUUCAGAGGCCCGCUACAUCGUCAGGUCCCUGGCCGGGAAGCUGAGGAUUGGCCUCGCAGAACAAAGCGUGCUUUCCGCUCUGAGCCAGGCCGUCUGUUUGACCCCGCCUGGACAAGCUUUCCCUCCCGCUGUGCUCGACGCGGGGAAGGGUAUGAGCGCCGAGAGCAGGCGGGCCUGGAUCGAAGAGAAGAGUCUGAUUCUGAAGCAAACUUACUGCGAGAUGCCCAAUUAUGUGUACCACUGAGACCCAUGUUGGCUCACCCUACCAAAGGUGUUGGUGAAGUGAUGAAGAGGUUUGACGAGGCAGCGUUCACCUGCGAGUACAAAUAUGACGGAGAGCGUGCACAGAUUCACAUUCUGGAGAGCGGCGAAGUUCGGAUAUUCAGCCGCAACCAGGAAGACAACACCAGCAAAUACCCCGAUAUCAUCUCUCGCAUUCCCAAGAUAAAGAAGGACUCUGUGGUGUCCUGUGUCCUGGACACCGAGGCCGUUGCCUGGGAUCGCGAGAAGAAACAGAUCCAACCCUUCCAGGUCCUCACCACCCGUAAGAGAAAGGAUGUGGACGCCUCAGAGAUCAAAGUCCAAGUGUGCGUGUACGCCUUUGACCUGCUCUAUCUCAACGGAGAGUCUCUGGUGCGACAGCCACUGUGUCGGCGUCGGGAGCUGCUGAGAGAGAGCUUCUCAGAGGUGGAGGGAGAGUUUCAGUUUGCCCGUUUCAUCGAUUCCAACAACACUGAUGCCAUCGCAGAGUUUCUGGAGCAGUCUGUCCGAGACUCCUGUGAAGGCCUGAUGGUGAAAACCCUGGAGAAGGAUGCUACCUACGAGAUUGCCAAGCGCUCUCAUAAUUGGCUCAAGCUGAAGAAGGAUUACCUGGAUGGAGUGGGGGACACCGUAGAUCUUUGUGUGAUUGGUGCCUAUCUGGGGAAAGGAAAACGGACCGGCACUUACGGCGGCUUCCUGUUGGCCUGCUACGACGAAGAAAACGAGGAGUUUCAGUCCGUCUGCAAGAUCGGGACAGGCUUUAAGGAUGAGGAUCUGGAGCAGCAUUACAAGUUUUUAAAGGAGCACAUCCUGCCCAAACCUCGAGCCUACUACCGCGUGGACCAAUCGGCAGAGCCCGACGUGUGGCUGGACGCCGUGCAGGUCUGGGAGGUGAAGUGUGCCGACCUCUCGCUGUCGCCCGUCUACAAGGCCGCCAUGGGAAUGGUGGAUCCAGAGAAGGGCAUUUCUCUCCGGUUCCCUCGAUUCCUUCGGAUCAGAGAUGACAAGAAGCCAGAGGACGCUACAUCCGGAGCUCAGAUCGCCGAUUUGUACAAGAAGCAGCAGCAGAUUCAGAAUCAAGGAGACAAAGCUGACCCGGAGGGCUACUACUGAUCGUCUGCAGGGGUCCAGAAAGAAUGGGAAUUUAGCAAAUUUCAGUGUAACUGUAAAUAUCUUCUGCGUUUUUUUUGUUGUUUUGUUGAAAAUAAAGGCUCUUGCCGGUUUUAAGCAUCCUGUAA